AGCCAAUCAGACCCACCUGAUUCCCGCAAAGGCCCGUGCCCAACAUUUCUCGAUGGCUUCCGUCACCAUCCCGAGUUUCUCGGAAUCCGACAAAUCCAACCUCACACAUCUCCACCACGAUGUCCUCGCAAGACGACCCAGCAGCCGCCUGCCCCGUCGACCACAAGACACGCGAAGCAUGGCUCGCCCAAGCGCGCGCCCAAAACGGCACCACACCACCAAAUCCCCAUAGCACACCCAUUCCAACACCUGCCGCCGCCCCGCCAGCACCCUCCCAAUCCGCCGUGCAGCAAUCCUGCGACUCCUCCUCCCUUGACCAAAGCACCACGUCGCCACCUCCAUCAAGCACAAGCAUCCUCUCGCAAAUACGCCUCGGUACCGACCGCGAAGUAAGCACAAUACCACGCGCCCUCCCCGACCAAAUCGCAUCGAAACCCGCCCCAGAUGCGCGCCCCGCCAACAACGAGCGUGAUACAGGCUCGGACAAGAAAACUGGAAACUGGAUCUACCCAUCCGAGCAAAUGUUCUUCGACGCCAUGCGCCGCAAAUCCUACGACCCGUCCGCGCCCGACAUGCGCACCAUAGUGCCCAUCCACAACGCCGUCAACGAACGCGCCUGGCACGAGAUCAAGACCUGGGAAAGCGGUCGCGGCGCCGAGAAAUGCGGCGGGCCCAAACUCGCUUCUUUCUCCGGGUUAAGCACGAGUUUAACGCCUAGGGCACGAUGGAAGAGUCUGAUGGGGUACCAGCCGCCGUUUGAUCGACACGAUUGGGUGGUGGAUCGGUGUGGGACGAAGGUUGAGUAUGUUAUUGAUUUUUAUGCAGGGAGGGAUGAGGGGAAGGUGGGGAAGGCGUUGAACUUUUAUUUGGAUGUUAGGCCCAAGUUGAAUAGUUGGGAGGGGGUUAAGAUGAGGAUAGCGAGGUUUUGGGGGUUUUAGAUACGAGACGUAGGGAAAAGUUGGGGGUUGUAGGAUAGGUUUGUAUAUGUGUAAGAUUAGUUAGCCUGGAUGGAGGUAUAGACAUGAUGUUGAUGAGUAUGGAUGGAUGUAUAUAUGAACGCGAACGGAAUAGAGUAACUUCGCUCAAGAAGGGAAUCCUGCGCCUAGACGCGCAG